CACAGAUAGGAGAGAUAUGAUGGAGUACUUCUGGAGGAGAGAUAUGCUACUUGUUCUGGGUUUAAGCCAACUGCUGUGUUUUUCUACUUCACUACUACUGGCACAUGCAGCAGCAACGCAAGUCACUUAUGACAAUGGCCAACUUCUGAUCAAUGGACAACCCAGAAUUCUAUUUUCCGGUUCCAUCCAUUACCCACGCAGCACUGUGGAGAUGUGGCCAGACCUUAUCCAGAAAGCAAAGGAGGGUGGAAUCGAUGUAAUUGAGACUUACAUUUUCUGGGAUGUCCAUGAGCCCCAUCAUCGCCAGUACAAUUUCGAGGGAAACCUAGACUUCAUCAGAUUCUUCAAGGCAGUGCAACAAGCAGGGUUAUACGGCAUUCUUCGCAUUGGUCCUUAUGUCUGUGCCGAAUGGAACUACGGAGGAUUCCCAGUGUGGUUGCAUAAUCUGCCAGGAGUUGCAUUCAGGACAGAUAAUCAAGUUUACAAGGAUGAGAUGCAAACCUUCACCACCAAAAUUGUUGACAUGGUUAAGCAAGCGAACCUCUUUGCUCCACAAGGAGGACCCAUAAUUCUUGCACAGAUUGAGAACGAAUAUGGCAAUAUCAUGGAACCUUAUGGAGCCGCAGGGAAAAGUUAUAUCCAAUGGUGUGCAAAAAUGGCUGAAUCUCAAAAUAUUGGCGUUCCAUGGAUCAUGUGUCAACAGGACGAUGCACCACAGACUAUGAUAAACACAAACAACGGAUUUUAUACCAAAUGGGAAUGGAAGCCAAAUAACCCAAAAAGUCCUAAAAUGUGGACUGAGAACUGGACUGGCUGGUUCAAGGGUUGGGGCCUCCCAACUCACCAUAGAGCUGCUGAAGAUGUGGCCUUUGCAGUUGCCCGUUUCUUCCAAAUUGGUGGUGUUCUCCAAAACUACUAUAUGUACCAUGGAGGAACAAAUUUUGGUCGUACAGCCGGCGGCCCUUAUAUCUCAACCACUUAUGAUUAUGAUGCCCCACUUGAUGAAUAUGGGCUUCUCAAUCAACCAAAGUGGGGACACCUAAAGCAACUUCAUGAAAGUAUCAAAUCAGCUGAGAGUAUUCUAACUAAGAAUUCAUUUACACACAAGGCCAUCCAAAGGCAUGUGACGCUUACUACAUUCAUGGAUCACUCUUCUGGAAAAUCAUUCUGCUUCUUGAGUAACCUUGACAUUCAACAAGGUGUGGAUGUUGACUUGGGAAAGAUAGGCAACUACUUCCUGCCUGCUUGGUCUGUUAGUCUUCUUGUUGAUUGCAAUAAAGAGAUUUACAACACUGCUAAGGUCAACACACAGACAUACUUUAAGACAAAAAAACCAAGCAAUGUUGGCACUCACCAUUGGGAAUGGAAGGCUGAGCCCUUGGAUGAUGCCCUCCAAGGACAUGGAUCGUUUACUGCAGACAAGCUUCUUGAGCAGAAGGCAACUACUGUGGAUGCUAGUGACUACCUGUGGUACAUGACUAGCGUGAACAUUGAUAAUUCUUUCGGUAAAGAAGCGACCCUGCAUGUGAAUACAACAGGUCAUGUACUUCAUGCUUAUGUCAACAAGAAGAUAAUGGGUUCUGGUUGGAGUAGUGAUGGAAAAGGUUUCGUGUUUGAGAAACCAAUCACAUUGGUGGAAGGCCCUAAUAGCUUAUCUUUACUCAGUGCUACAGUUGGAUUAAAGAAUUAUGAUGCAUUUUUCGAAACGGUACCCAAUGGAAUAGUUGGUGGUCCGGUUUAGUUGAUUGGAAAGGGUAAUGUUAUUAAAGACCUAUCAUCCAGCAAAUGGUCCUACAAGAUUGGUUUGAACGGUGAGAAUGAGCAAUUCUAUGAUGAUAACCUGUCCCGUGACAAAAAAUGGAACCUAGAAGGACUUCCCUUGAAGAGUCCAAUGACAUGGUAUAAUACAACCUUCAAGGCUCCUUUGGGUAGUGAUCCUGUGGUGGUAGAUUUGUUGGGUAUGGAUAAGGGACAUGCAUGGGUGAAUGGACACAGCAUUGGAAGAUUCUGGCCAACCAUGGUUUCCAAAGCCCCUCACGGUUAUCAAUGCUUUGAGACAUGUGAUUAUCGUGGAGAAUAUAAUGAUAAAAAAUGCAUGGCGGAUUGUGGCCUUCCUUC